AUGGAGCAGGACAACUGCACCACCACCGUGAAAGAAUUUGUCCUCUUGGGUUUGUCCCAAAAUCCACAGCACCAGCCUUUGCUCUUUGUGAUCUUCCUGCUCGUCUACACAGCCACAUGGCUGGGGAAUCUCACCAUUAUCAUCACUGUCAUCUCUGACAGCCACCUUCAUACACCCAUGUACUUUUUGUUGGCUAACUUGGCUUUUUUGGACAUCACCGAAUCCUCAAUUACUGCACCCAAGCUGCUGCAAAUCCUGCUCUCCCAGUAUAAAACCAUCUCCUUCAAUGGAUGCAUCACUCAGAUGUUUUUCAUCCAUUUCGUAGGGGGAACAGUGAUCUUUUUCCUUAUGGUGAUGGCAGCUGAUCGGUACUUGGCUAUUCAUAAACCACUGCAAUACAUAGCUAUCAUGAAUAGGAACAUGUGCUUAAAAGUAGUUGCGGGGGCUUGGCUAGUGGCUUUUGUUCACUCUAUUUCUCAAAUUGCAUUAGUCCUGCAGUUACCAUUCUGCGGUCCCAACACCCUGGAUAACUUCUAUUGUGAUGUCCCGCAAGUUGUCGAGUUAGCCUGCAGAGACACCUACCAUCUUGAGUUGUUUAUUAUCUGCAAUAACGGACUAGUUGUCACAGGAGUCUUUCUUGGAUUGCUCAUUUCCUAUACAGUCAUCUUGAUCAAGAUUAGAAUGCACAUCUCAGAGGGAAAGCACAAAGCUGUUUCCACUUGUGGAGCCCAGAUCCUAGUGGUGAGCUUGCACUUCAUCCCAUGUGCCUUUAUUUAUAACAGACGCUUCCAUGCAUUCAAGGAAGAUAAAGGAAUCUCCCUCAUCUACACAGUAAUUUCACCUGUGCUGAACCCCGUCAUUUAUACAUUAAGAAAUACUGAGAUGAAAAAUGCCAUUAGGAGAGUAGCAGAAAAGAUGCUCUUCUCCAAAACAGAAGGCAAGUUUUAA